UUUAUUUCGUUACAUAACGGAAGAAGUUUAUAAAGUAAUGUUUUCAUCUGCAGCUGUUAAUUCUAGCAGAGCAGAAAACACUCUCUUCUAGCCAUUUGCUAAAAUAAAUUUUACCAGUGCGAAAAGAAUAUCAUUUGCUUAUUGUAAAUUAGAUUCCUAAGUUUCUUCCGAAUUAUGGCAAGCACAAAUUUAGUAAAUAUGGACAAAGGACUGAUUAAAAAAAGCAAUGAGAAUAGAGAAAAUUGUAAAAUUGAUUCAGAAAAUAAUAUUCCGAAUGCACACCCCACAUUUUUCGAGUUCAUGUCAACUUUGCUGAUGAAUUCCUCCAUCUUACCAGUUUCCCGAAUGACUCACGUCCAAUCAAAAUCGAGGAAAACAUUUUGGAUUUUGAUUUUGAUUGUCUGCAUCUUCAGUUGCGGCUAUGAAGCCUAUAAGUUCUUUAAUAUAUAUCUACAGUAUCCAGUGAUAAUUAGCGUCGAUGUGCAAAAUAACACGAGUAUCGAAUUUCCUGCAGUGACAAUUUGUAAUCUGAAUCGUAUGAAACGUUACGAUGAGAAAUGUAUUUUGGGAGGUUUUACCUGGCAAGAAUGUAGACAGUUUCCCCCACGUUUCUCUUCAACGGUAUUAUCAGAAAGGGUAAAAUACACACUUGACGUAUUAGAAGAACUUUACGCAACCCAAGCAAAAAAUUUUAUGAAUCAUUAUACAAAUACUGAUGCCGAGAGUCGAAGAUGCUAUGGUUAUAUGCUUGACGAACUCAUUCAGAAGUGCUCUUUCAAUUCCCUUCCGUGUAACGAAAGUGACUUCACGUUCUUCCAAAGUAUGCAGUACGGCAAUUGCUAUACUUUUAACAAAGCGAGCAGAAGCAAUAUCGCAUUGCGAAAUCUCUCUAAAGUAGGAUCAGAUAAUGGCCUAGAAUUAGAAUUAGAUGUGAAUGUUUAUUCAUAUCUAGAUUUUACGCAGUCAGUAGGAGCACGAGUUGUGAUUCACAGUCCAGACGAAGAUCCCAAUCCUGAGGAUAAUGGAAUAAACAUCAGUCCCGGAUUUGAAACCCAUAUAUCUAUGAUUAAGACUUCAGUGCAGAGACUUCCUGCUCCGUACAGAGACAAGUGCUUCAAUUAUAAAAAAGACAAUAGUGUCAAAAUGAAAGAGAGAAGUCAGUUGGUUUGCAUACGGCAAUGCGUGCAGAACUUGAGUGCAUUACUAUGUUCCUGCGUCGAUCCAUUCUUACCAGCGUCUGCUAUUUUCACGCGAUGUGACCUUAAGAAUGCAACGCAAAUGUUAUGUUUGGAUGAUGUCUUAUCUGCCAUUACGAAUCGUCAGUUUUCUUGCGAUUGUCCAUUGCCCUGUAUUUCGAUAACUUACUCUUUAGAAACAUAUUCAUCUCCCUUAUUUCCAGAUUCGUAUUCAUCCUUUACUCCUCUAUUUACACCAAAUUUAUCGAAAGAAUGUUAUUAUGAUCCAUUUUUACUUAAUAAUAUAUUGCCAGAGGAUCAUAACCGUAGUUACCCGAUAGAUUAUAAUAAUAGCAGUGGUGAUAACAACACAAGCUUUGAUAGCAUCUCCAACGUUCCAAGUAAUAUAUCUAAUAACUGGACAAAUCCUGCUAAUAAUUACUAUGGUGAGCAGCAUUAUCCAAAUGCAUCAGAUGUAAAGCACACUUUCGAAAGGCUUGAAGACAGCCGCACCAAAUCCAAAAUAAAACUGCAAGUCUUCUACAGAAGUUUGUAUCACACGGUGUAUUCUCAAACAGCUAUGUUUGCCGAAAGUGAGAUUUUUGCUCAUCUUGGGGGUCAUCUAGGUUUAUGGUUAGGAAUUUCCCUUGUGGCUCUUUUCGAAUGUGCAGAAAAUCUAUUCCUGAUGUUUAUGUUUUUUUGCAAAAAGUUUAAAGAGGAAUGAAAGUUAUGCAGGGCAAGAAAUUCGUGCAAAAUGAAUCAAAGUAGUAGCUAUACGGUAACAGUUCUUCAUUAUCUUAAUAAUUAAGAUUAAUUUGAGAUAAUUAAAUACUUUUUCUACAUGCUAUAAGCACUUGAUUAAUUUUAUAAAGCCUGAAGUUUUUACAAUGAGUAUUAUUAAAUAAGAAAUCAAAUCAAAUUCGACCUUGAGUAAAGCUUUUCUUAUUAGGUUUCUCUUUAAAAUAUAACAGUAAAUUAUGAUACUUUAAUUUU